AUGAUGUCUGCUUAUGUGGCAUUAUCAUGUUUGAUCGCAUUUGUUAUUGUUAUAACAAUUUGUCUAGUUAAACAAUUUAUAUGGGAUCCAUUACUAGCCAAAAAGUUUGAAGUUAUUCGACCUGCUCUCUAUGCAUCUGUUCGAAAAUUAUCGACAACAUUUGUUCGAAAUUCUACAGUCACCGAAAUAUCAUCAACAGGUCUUAUGUCUAAAUCAACAUCGGUAACAUGCAUUCGAACAAGUGAACUACCGCAAUUAAAAAAGAAUCUUGUCACGGCUACUCAAAGUCUUCCCAUAGACAAUCAACGAUCGAACAUAUUAGAACGACCUCAUCAUCAGAAUAUUCCAUCAUCAUUGCGACUUGAUUCUUCAACAAUGAGUGUAUUUGAUAAUCUAAAAUCAAGUUUAGAUUAUGCGAGAGAAAAAUUAACGACAAACAAUGGAUAUAAAUCAUUCGAUGAUCAAAAUGAAGCAAUUUUAACUACUGAUACAUCAGGAAGUCAUCGGUACUACUCAUCAUUUAGUUAUGCUAAUACACAACAACAAGGAUACACAAAUUUUGGUUCCGAUGUAAUCGACACACCUAUCAACGAUGAACAAGAUGAAUUAGCUGUCGAUUCCAAUACACCCAUGUUACAUUUUAGCUGUGAAUAUAAUCCUACAUCAUCUACAAUUCGUUUAAAUAUUCAAAAUAUCCGCAAUAUGAAACAUAUCACCAAUAAUGCCCAUGUAUUUAUUCGUUUUACAAUUUUACCACUACAACGUGGUUUAGAACCUUAUGAAACAUCAAAGCAAAAAGUAAAAGAAUUUGUACGAUUCGGUGAAAGUUUUAAUAUUCUAAAAAAUAUUAAACAAAAAGAUUUACUCAAUUUUUCUAUUCGAUUUUGUGUUUAUAUUUACGUGACUGAAGCCCAAAUCUACGAAUUAGGUGAAGCUAUUUAUCUCAUGACAGAGAAUAAUGAUACACUAUUUCAAUCAUUAUAUAUAGAAAAAUUACUGCCUAUCAGACAACGAUUUAAAAAUUCAAUAACAGUUUCUGAUGAUUAUUAA